AUGAGCAACAAUGAUCAUGGGAUAGGACAGGUCCUCUACAAACGGAAACCUGUGCAGUUUCUGCCCCCGGUUGACGUCCCGAAUGACGAUGUCGAGCCGUGUCUCCCUCGGAAGCAUGUGGCUCUGCUGACGACGUGGUGUCUUUUGCAGGAUGGACUUUUACAAGCAGGUGAGACACCAUCUUUCUUCUCCUGUCUCCCCUCCGAGAUCAUGGAAGAGAGGGAGCAAGACUCCGAGACCUCUGAACAGCCUUGUCUGACACGUCAUCGAUUCAACGACGAGAUAACAGGACAGUCGGCCAUGACCUUUUUCGAGGCCCUCAAGAGCGAGCUCACCGGCGGCAAAGAAGUGGAGGCCAACUUUCCCGAAGCCCUCAAGGGUCCCGUCCUCCGCAAAGUCCAAUUCCAGACGACAUCGCGCCUCGACAGCAUGGUCGACGCGCUCUUCAACGAAUUCAAGAACGACUUCUACCCCGGCGAAGAGGUCGUGGUCGAAUCCGACGCCAGCGGCGGCCAGCGCACCCACGGCCGGGUGCGCGACAAGACGUCGUUUGGCGCGCGCAUCAUGGCCGACGGCACCAAGCUGGCCCCCUUCUCGCGGUACCUGGUCACCCUCAACGACGGCAAGGAGGAGAUCCAGUUCAAGGACGAGGAUGUGGCGCGCGACAGGGGCGUCUUCACAAAGGCCAUGCUGCGGUCCUUCAUCAAGCGGACCACGACGCGCGAGGCCUGGAACGGCGCCCCCUGGCUCGUCAAGGACGAGUACGCUGACCAGUACCACAUCGACACGCGCAUCCCGCCACAUCUACGAUACGACACCAAGCGCGAGGAGCGCAAGAUGCUCCAGGCCCAGAAGCGCGCCUCCCACUCGUCAAACGACAUCAACGGCCUCCUCACCGCCAACACUGCCAACAACAACAGCAACGGCAACAACAGCAACAGCAACAACAAAACCACUGCCGCCGCCGCCGCCGCCGCCGCUACAAACGGAGACUCGGGUCCCGUCCGCCUGCCCGAGCUCAAACCUGCGGCGCCGAAGAGCCACAAGGCCAGGCAGCAGCAGACCGCCGCUGCUGCGCCCCCGGCAGUCACACCCAGGGAGCCGACCCCGCCGCCGCCCCCGACCCCGCCCCCUCCUCCGCCCAAGUACCCGAUCGAGGAUCUCGACCUGGCGCCCAACCUCCUCGAAGACGGAACCCCCGCGCGACGACCGCCCCUCAAGUUCCUGUGCAAGGACCCCCCCCACGGCUACGGCGCCGGCGACGACUGGAGGAGCCAGAAGAUCAGCAUGGACACGGUGGGUCUGCUGCUGGAGACGUGGGACACGCUCAACGUCUACUGCGAGAUCUUCCAGCUCGACUCCUUCACAUUUGACGACUUUGUCGAGGCAAUGAUUGUCGCGUCCGACAAAGUCCCCGUCCAGCUGUUUGACGAGGUGCACUGCGCCGUGCUGAAGGUCCUGGUGGACUCUGAGCGCGACGGCGGCAAGGUGCGCAUCACGCUACCCGAGCUGGAUGACGAGGAUGGGUCCGACGAGGACGACGAGGACGACGAGGACGAGGGAGACGAGGCCACGCCGGAACCGGAACCGAAACCCACCGGCCGCGCGACGAGGAGCAGUCUGGCCAAGCUCGAGGCCGAGAGGCUGGCCGCCGAGGCGGCGGCGGCAGAGGAGGAGGCCGAGAUGGAGACGCGACACCGCGCAGAGCACCUCCUGCGCGACUACAGCUGGAUCGACCACCUCCGCCAGCGCGACUUCGAGGACGGCGGCUGGCAGCGCAUCAUGGUCGGCCUGCUGCACCAGCUCUCCAAGGACCCCCGGCGGGAGCAGCAGUGCGAGGACCUCCUCCUGCAGCUGGUGCCGCCCCGCUCCAGCAUCGACGACGACGAGCCCACGCAGGAGAGCGUCCGGCUCAGAUACGCCGAGCUCGACGUCGACCGCCGCGUCCAGGCCCUCCAGAUCAUCUGCAUGCUCACCAUGGAGACCAAGACGGUCAGGGGGUACAUGGAGGAGUGUAGCGAGACCAUGACCAAGUACCGCAAGGACAAGAUCGAGUGGCAGAGGCAGAGGAAGCAGGCAACCGAGGAGCUUCGACAGCUUAACGAGCAGCGUAAGACGCUGGAGCCACAGCGUGUGGAGUCACCGGUGGAGAAUGGCAGCAUCAAGGUCGAGGGCAGCGCUGCCGAAGAGGACACCAAGAUGGUCGACCCCGAGGAGACGCAGACGGAUGCCGGCGGCGGCGAGUCGGCGGCAGAAGAAGACAACGGCGGCAACGGCAAUGCCAAGUCACGCAAGAAGCAGCGGAGACGCGUGCAAGAGGAGAAGCAGAAGCGCGACGAGGAGAGGGAACGCGAGAGGGAGCGCGAAAAGGCGGCGGCGGCGGCGGCCAAGCAGAACCCGCGGUCCCGUGAGCUGACCAAGGUGCUCAAGGAGAUACAGAAGAAGGAGGACUUGAUCAGGAAGUGCGAGGAAGAGGUGGCCGUCAUCGACAACGACCUGCGCGAGGCCGACUGCCCGCGCACGCGGGUCCUCGGCAAGGACCGGUUCUGGAACCGAUACUACUGGUUCGAGCGCAACGGCAUGCCGUACGCCGGGCUGCCGACCAGCUCGACGGCCUCUGCCGGCUACGCCAACGGCUGCAUAUGGGUCCAGGGCCCGGACGACCUCGAGCGCGAGGGCUACAUCGACCUGCCGGCCGACCUGUCGGACGAGUACGCGUCGCGCUUCGACCUGACCGUGUCCCAGCGCAAGGUGCUCGAGGAGGGCGACACUCGCGUCUCCACGGCCCGCCAGUGGGGCUACAUAUCCGAUCCGGACGACCUGGACAGGCUGAUACGAUGGCUCGACACCAGGGGAAACCGCGAGUGCAAGCUGCGGAAGGAACUCCUCACCUUUCACGAUCAGAUGGUGGUCAACAUGGUCAGGAGGAGGGAGCACCUCGCUGCCGAGCACCAGAUCAACGGCGAGGACAAGAACAAAGACAAGGACAAGGACAAAGAUAAGAACAAGGACAAGGACAAGGACGAAGAAGACGAAGAUGACGACGACGACGAGUCCAUGUCCGUGUCCAUGUCCGCCGUGGGCAAACGUACCAGCUCGCGCAUAAGGGAUAAGACACCAGAAGCGCCGAGCUACCAUUGUCUA